AUGAAGUCUUCCGUUUUGUCUACCCUUCUUCUUGCCGGCCUUGCUGUCGCUGCUCCUUCGACUCAGAAGGGUUUGGCUCGCCGUGCCGCUCGCCGCUCAAACCCAGCCUAUCUUCCCAACUCCUUUGGUGUGGAGCAGUUGAACAUCACCGGUACCAAGCACGUCGAGUACAGCUCUAACUGGUCUGGUGCUGUCCUUAUCGGAACUGGCUACAGUGCUGUCACUGCCGAAUUCACUGUCCCCACCCCCCAUAUUCCCAGUGGUGGCAGCAGCGGAACACAGUACUGCGCCUCUGCCUGGGUUGGUCUUGACGGGGACACCUGCGGCACCUCCAUUCUCCAGACUGGUGUCGACUUUUGCGUUCAGGGCAGCUCCGUCAGCUAUGAUGCUUGGUACGAGUGGUACCCCGACUACGCCUACGACUUCACUGGUAUUAGCAUCUCUGCUGGAGAUCUCAUCAAGAUUACUGUGACUGCCACCAGCACCUCUUCCGGUUCCGCUGUCGUUCAGAACGUCAGCAAGGGUACUACUGUUACCCACAACUUCUCUGGUGAAUCCGACAAGCUCUGCGAGUACAAUGCUGAGUGGAUCGUGGAGGACUUUGAAGAAGGCGGCUCCUUGGUUCCCUUCGCCAACUUCGGCACCGUUACCUUCAGCGGUGCUAAGGCUACCAAGAGCGGCUCUUCCGUUGACACCACUGGUGCUACCAUCAUCGACAUUGAGCAGAACAGCAGCGUUCUUACCUCUGUCACUGCUUCCGGUAGCACUGUUACCGUCAAGUACGUUUAA